GCGGCGUCAAGCGGACGCCCAGCUCGGCGGCUUCUGGAGGCUGCGGCGCGGCCGAGGCGGGAGGCGGUAGUCACCGACGCCGGAGUCUCAGUACCCGGGACUGCGGGGGCGCGCGGGGAGCCUGGAGCGAGCCGGCCGCGGGGCACAGCCGCGCGGGGCUGCCUGCUCCCCUGCAGGCGGCGCUCUCCUGCUCCGUUGAGGAAGUGCCGGGGUGGUGUGGCCGGCGGCAGAUCGCAUCGCCGGCAGCCGGAGGAAAGACUCACCUGUCCGGGGACAGCGCGGAGGGAGCGGCGGGCGCUCGCUGCCGGCACCAUGGGCUGCACGCUGAGCGCCGAGGACAAGGCGGCGGUGGAGCGGAGUAAGAUGAUUGACCGGAAUCUGCGCGAGGAUGGCGAGAAGGCGGCGCGCGAGGUCAAGCUCCUGCUGCUCGGUGCUGGUGAAUCUGGGAAAAGUACAAUUGUGAAGCAAAUGAAAAUUAUACACGAAGCUGGUUAUUCAGAAGAGGAAUGUAAACAGUACAAAGCCGUGGUCUACAGUAACACCAUCCAGUCGAUCAUUGCUAUCAUUAGGGCAAUGGGGAGGUUGAAGAUAGAUUUUGAUGACUCAGCUCGGGCGGAUGAUGCCCGCCAGCUCUUCGUGCUUGCUGGAGCUGCUGAGGAAGGUUUUAUGACCGCAGAGCUUGCCGGAGUCAUAACGAGAUUGUGGAAGGAUGCUGGCGUGCAAGCCUGUUUCAGCAGAUCACGAGAGUACCAGCUGAAUGAUUCUGCAGCCUACUAUUUGAAUGACUUGGACAGAAUAGCACAACCAAAUUAUAUCCCAACUCAACAAGAUGUUCUCAGAACUAGAGUGAAAACUACAGGAAUUGUUGAAACCCAUUUUACUUUCAAGGAUCUGCAUUUUAAAAUGUUUGAUGUGGGAGGACAGAGAUCUGAGCGGAAGAAAUGGAUUCACUGCUUCGAAGGAGUGACUGCCAUCAUCUUCUGUGUGGCGCUCAGUGACUAUGACCUGGUUCUGGCUGAAGAUGAAGAAAUGAAUCGGAUGCAUGAAAGCAUGAAGUUGUUCGACAGCAUAUGUAACAACAAAUGGUUUACAGAUACAUCUAUUAUACUUUUUCUAAACAAGAAAGAUCUCUUCGAAGAAAAAGUCAAAAAGAGCCCUCUCACUAUAUGCUAUCCAGAAUAUGCAGGCUCAAACACAUAUGAAGAAGCAGCUGCAUAUAUUCAGUGUCAGUUUGAAGACCUCAAUAAAAGAAAGGACACAAAGGAAAUAUACACCCACUUCACAUGUGCUACAGAUACUAAGAAUGUGCAGUUUGUGUUUGAUGCUGUAACAGAUGUCAUCAUAAAAAAUAACCUAAAAGAUUGUGGUCUCUUCUGAGUUUUGCAGUUAAUGGUAAAGUGCAUUUUCAAACCAAAUGAGUACUUAUAUGUGGAUCUCUCUAGACUAGAGUCUUGCAGCAACACAGACUGUAGUAUACAGCAAGUGCAUCUGGGACCUGACCAAAGUUGUUCUGUUUUUUUGUUUUUUUUUUGAACUGAAAGUAACAGAAGGACCUUUCUUAACUGAAACGUGAUUCUGCAGUGUGAAACCAAGGGCAUGUUAAAGCUGGACUCUAGUGUAUUGAUGAUUUCUGCAUAAGUGUAAAUAUGCAAAUGUACGUAUUCAUGUAUUUAUAACUUCACUUUUCCACAUUGCAUUAGGUUUCAAGAGCGGCAACUUAAGAUGCAAGUGUAAUGGCUUUCGUAAUGAAUUACUAAAUACAUUGUACUAGAUGACAGAUCAUUGCAGUUUUAAACAGCUUUAUUUAUGUUCAUGUCCUAUAGAUUUUUAAGUACAAUAAUUAAUAUUAGGAAACAUUGCAGCCCUUAUCUUGAUUAUAUGUAUACUUGUAAUCAUAAAAAUGGUAUUUGUACAAACAUUGCACAGACUAUUUUAAUAACAUGAUUUGUUCUUUAAAUUUAAUGUUUUCUUGAAAUGUUCUUACAGAGUAUGAAUAUAUCUGCCUUUGAAUCAAUUAUUUAAACUUUGUAUGCAUUAAUAUUUUUCUUUUAAGAGUGCAUGCUGAUCUGAUUCUAUAUUAAAUUUGGCUUGAGAAACUGAAAUUUCAGAUUUUUGAGGAUAAAUUUAGACUUACUCUAACACUUUUAUUCAGUUUGUUUUCAUCAAAUUUUAGUAUUUAGAUGGUAUUCAUGCAUUGCCUUAAAGGUGAUGCCAGAUUAAUUUUUAUACACUUUAAAUAAUACUUUUAUUUAUCACUAAGUUUAGGUGGAUGCCGAGAGCAUUUCUGUGGGUAAAAAAUACGUCAGCAUAAUGAAUUUUGAGACAUUCAUUUGUGUAUUUCCUUUGGGAAACCCCUUGUACCUAGCAUACAUGAUAGCUCCUGUUUGGAAGAUAAUAGCAAAGAUCUUUGAAUAUCCUGCUGCUUAUAUAAAAAUGCAGACUUUAAAUUCAUAUAUGUACCUAGUUUCAAAUUUAAUUACCACACUAUAUUAAAAUUAUUUUUUCCCUUACAUUAUUCAGAUUUCCUGCACUUCUUUGAGUUUAUAUUAUUUCAUUUUACAUUGUGCUAUUACUUCUGAGAAUGAAAUGGACAAUUAUACUUAGAAAAUGAGUAACAGUAUUUAAUAAAGUCAGUGAUUGUAUGCUCAAAUAAGUGUUAUAAAUCAGCUAGAUAUUGAAUUCUGAUAGUCAUUUUUCUUUUGAUUGUUCACAGUAUGUCUCUGUGACCCAUGUCAGCAAAGUGAAUAGCAUUCCCCUUCCCUUUUCUUUACUCAUCUUGAAAAAGUUUCCCAGUAAGCUUUGUGGGUAAGUAGUUUCUAAGUUUAGUUAUGUGCUGUCAUCUUGUUGAAGUGUACUUGUUGAAGUACGUGUGUAUGUCUGUGUGUGGGUUACCACAAACUACAUUUAUAUCUGUUUAAUUUGGAGGAUUUGUUUUUCUUCUUGGACAUGUAAACAGAUUCAGAGUUAUCAAAAUUCCUUAACUGUGUUAGUUUAGAUUCUUUAUGUGCCUUUCAUGAGAGAUGUUUUCACUAAUUUCACUGAGGGAAGACCUGUAAUAUCCAUGUUGUGAAGUUGUGUAUGAAAUUCGGCUGUACUAUGAAUAAAUAUGAAUCAUGAGAAAAACAGUUUAAAAAGCCACAAAGAAGCACAUAUUGGUGACCGUCAUUGAUAAAUUCCUGAACUUUAUUCUGUGUAAUUGUGUUAUUAAUAAAUGCUAAUAAAUUUCAAUUUUUAAAAUUUUAUGAA